UUGAAAUUUGACCUGUGAUAAAUCUGCCUCUUGCAGUGCUUCCAUAGCAUUAGCAUUUUUAACCCUGCAUUAUACAUAGGCUGCUAAUUUACAAUACUACCCGCUCCUAUAGAUUUUCAUUACAUUGCAAAAUUUGUUUUUAAAUUUCUCUCCCACGUUUGUUUAAAUAGAGCUGCUCUGUAAAAGAAAUGGAGAAUUCCACCCUCUACAUUCCCAGCUUGUCCACUGUUACCACUUUGGCCGAAGAGGAACUUGACGGAAUCUACCACUUGUUCCGAAUAAUUAACAUAACAAUUUACAGCAUAAUAUUCAUUCUAGGAACUGUGGGCAAUGGGCUGGUUAUCUGGAUUAUCGGAUUUAAAAUGGAAAAGACAGCUACUCUUAUUUGGUUUCUCAACCUCGGCAUUGCAGAUUUUUCUUUCUGUCUCUUUCUCCCUCUCUAUAUUACAGAAUGGGCAAUGUGGUAUCAUUGGCCCUUUGGUUGGAUUAUGUGCAAGACUUGGGGUUUUAACCUACAUCUAAACCUCUCUGCAAGUGUAUUAUUUUUAAUGAUAAUCAGUGUUGAUCGUUGUAUCUGUGUUCUGUAUCCAAUAUGGGCCAAAAUCCACAGAACUUCAAGAUCAGCCUCAAUCAUCUCAGUUAUUAUUUGGGUCUUGUCUGUGGCUCUCAGUUUCCCUUACAUUGUUUUUUAUGAUACUACUGACAAUGGCAAAGAAUCUAUUCACUGUAUCCUCAUGUUUUCAAUUUGGAAUAACUCAACCACUUUUGAUUAUGAAACGUGGGAAGUGAGGUAUAAACCCAUUAUUAUGACAAGAUUUGUGUCUAUGUUCUUGAUCCCCUUUUCCAUCAUCAUGGUUUGCUAUGGGCUCAUUGCAUUGCAGGUGAGAAAAAACAGCAGAAUCUCUAGGUCUGGUCGAACCUUGAAAAUUAUAUUUACAAUUGUCAUUUGCUUCUUUUCUUGCUGGUUUCUUUAUCAUAUUCUCCCUAUGAUCGAAAAUGCGGAUAUUGAAAUAGGGUAUCCUGCUAAUGUAAUUUUAAAUAGCCUUGGAUAUUACUUAGCUUUCUUUAACAGCUGUCUCAAUCCAAUAAUCUAUGUCUUCAUUGGUCAGGACUUUAAGAAAAGUUUAAAUAAAUCAAUUUCAUUUCUCCUGAAAAACACAUUCAGAGAGGAAACUAAUCCUGCGGAAAGUCCAAGCAAUGAUUUAGAACCUGAAACAAUGACUUAGCAUCCCUAAACUGGUUUUGGCUUUUCAGUCCUGUAGAAAAAUAUAUUUACUGUGAAUUCUGCAUAUUUUUUAUAUGCAGGAUUGUUGUGCUACUCAAAUGGGCAGAUUUAUC